AAAAUGUUUGUCGGAAAGUUCUGUCUGAUGUCAAACGACAAAAUGCAUUUAUUUCUUGGGACAGAUUCCAGUAUUCUUAUAAUAUCAAUAUCCGAAGAUUUUUUAAUUCAUGAUAAGAUAACAUGGCCGGCGAUUCAACAUCAGUCGGACUCAGACUUCGCAAAUGGUUUCUGUGGUUCUGUUAUUUAUUCAGUCAUUCGAUUAAGUCCAGAUUUGUAUGAAAUAUGCGGAAAAUUUGAUGUCAACUUACGCUGUAUUAUUUUAAUCAAGAGAGGAUUAGUUUGGUUGUUUUCAUUGGAAGAGAGUACGUCACUAGAAUAUGCAAACAAAGGGAUGGUUUUCGAUUACUCAGAUGGUUAUUUAACAUUAGCCUAUUUAUCUAAGAGAUAUUUUCCUAGAUUAGAAUUAAAAAAGAUUCAUUUAAUAUCGAAUAGAAUGAUUAGUGACAAAGAAAAUCUGUCGCAUAAUUUAUCACAUCUUUUCAAUGAUAAUUCUAAUAUAAACAAUGAAAAAAAUUACUGGUCUUUAUAUACAAACUCUAUACGUUGGAAUAAAUUACUACAAACGAGUCGAUUGAAAAAUUCACAUUUCACUGAAGGUUAUGAAUUUAAAUUUUAUAAAAUUUUAUCAUUACCUGGCAAAAGAUAUAUUAUUUUUCGUGAACCAGCAAUAGAAACUCAACUUAAAGAAAAUCCAUGGACAUCUGAACAUAAGGUAGGUACAUUUACAAGAAACUCAGUUCUGAAAGAGUAUCUUAGACGUAAUUUAAAAAGUAUAUUCGUAUUGUUUUUAACGUUUCAACUAUGUUGUAUUUCACCGACAAACCGUGAUUUUAAUUAUCUUGUUGCAUUGUCCACAAGUUAUAUGCCAGAAAUCAAAGACGAUCUACUAAUCUAUGGUCUGUUCUCUGCUCGUGAUCCUCACCUGAAUGAUGAAUUGCCAACAAAGUUAACAAAUAAUUUAGUAUCCACUGGACCUUUGGCUUUGUGUAUUUAUAAACUUUCUACAGUAGAUAAAGUAAUCGAAUCUAGUGAUUUGAUAAUGCGUUUGCCAACAUUUUCUCCAUCAUAUUUUAAAGAACAAAUGAAUGUGACACAUAUGAACUAUACGAAACCGAAAGAUGACAGUCACUUGCUUGCACACAAUACACAUAGAUUCGCUAAUGGAUUCAAACGAAUAAGUCGUGAUAAAUAUCCUUAUUUAACAAACCUUACGAAGUGUCCAAGUUCAUCGAUUCCGAAUAAACGACUAGCAUUAGAAGCAUCGUUGUUAAUUAACUCAGUUUAUCCAGAAAGAUUAGAUAUUUUUGGGAUGAUUGAAUCACGUUCGCAAAUAACCGAAUUUAUUAUUGAUCCUCGUCAUGUUGCAAAAUUAUAUCAAGAUAAAACACAACCUGGACAAAUACGACAUAUUAGUUAUACAAUAUUUUAUGUUGGAACAAAUAACGGUGGUGUUUUCAAAAUGUUAUUAUUCAAUGAAGUUGACGAUAGUUUAUCUCAGUUUAUCCAAUUUCCGCCAAAUUCUCUUACACAAAAUUCAACUUCACCAAAUCAAAUACCAUCUGAUUUCACAAAGCCUAAAUCAAUUUUAUCAAUGGCUACUUCUGGGAAUAUUCAUUUAAUUAAACAAUUAAUCAAUUUAGAAAAAUAUGAUAAAAUUACCAAUCUUUUGUUACUUCAUAAAUCAUAUUUAAGUGGAACUACACAAAUUCGAUCAAGUAAUGAAGUAUUCAAUUAUUCUACAAUGGAUAUAUUUUCUUUGCUUAUUUUUACACAUGAUACAAUUAUACAAGUUGAGUUAACUCAAUGUGAUAAAAUGAAAAAGUGUAGUGAAUGUUUAGCACUCAGAGAUCCAGACUGUUAUUGGAAUAAAAUACUACAGAAAUGUGACACUAAUUCAAAAGGGUUAAGCAACAUUCUGACUGGUUUUCACCAGGAUUGUCAGGAAUCAGAUGACAUAAAAUCUGAAAUUCGUGAGAAUUCUGAAAAUUCCAAACAGGCUCAAGUAUUAAAUUUAUCUACAGUCCCACUUGAUAUAUCAACACAAACAAACGGUUUUACCGGAUUCCUAUUUCCGUUUCAAAAUAUCUGGAAAGUUUUAUUUUCUGGUCUUAUCGGUGUAAUCAUCGGUUUGUCUAUAAGUGCAGCAUUACUUCUAGUCAGAAAAAAGUGUCAAAAAUUGUCACAGUCACAAAACAGCCGAUUGUCAGUUACAAAUUCUAAAACUACUACAACCGAGAGAUCAUUUAGGCAAAUACGUAAUUUCACUAAUAAUCAGCAUAGUUUUGCAAUAAAUCAAUCUAAACCGCUUCAUGGAAUUUCAUCCACAUCUCAUCCUAAAUUUGUCACCAAUUUGAACAUACCAGUCAUGGAUAAUCGUGAAUUGGUUUUUUCUCAGCUGAAUAAUACUAUGGAUCGUUGUGGGAUCCAAUCAACAAUAAAACCAGUCAAUACCAAUAUCGAUAUAGAAUUAUUGGCUUUACCUGAACAAAUUAUAACUUCCAAUUUGCCAUUAUGGGACAAUCAAAUAAAUAUUUUACAUCUAGACAAUGAUAACAUAAAAAACUCUUUUCAACAUCAUUCUACUAACAAUGAUAGUGAAAAGAACAAGGCAGAAAUUUCUAAUAUUCUUAUUCAUUCCGAUGACACUGCUGGCAAUGUUUACAAUGAUGCACAAAAUUUCGACUUGAUAAGUUGUAAAUUACCGAACUGUUCACAUCUUUUAGCUUGAAAGGCACUAUUCAUAUUUGCAUUUAUUUGUCUUGUAAAUGUAUAAAUAGUAUUUUUUUCUAUUGAUUCAUUGAUUCUUAUUAUUGAAAGUUCUAUCUUGAUUGUAUAUAAGAGGUUGACAGCUAGCAAAU